GAUCUCGGUGCAGGUUCGAUCGGUAUCAAUCGAAAUUUACCGCGAUCAAUUGGAAUUCGUGUGCUAUAUUAAACGAGGUGAACGAAUAAAUUCGUGUGUUGUUCAGAAAAUUUAUUUUGAAAAAAGUAAUUGAAAUAAAAAAAUAUUAAUCUACACAAAAUUCACAUGUAAAGUUUGAUACAGCUUAUGUUAAAAGGGGGUGAUUUUUGUAAUUCUCUCUUCGUCAUCGACGAUGGUCCAGUAGGUCAGUGACAAAGAAAAGUUCAUCGAUUGGAAUUGAUUCGAGCAGACGAAAGAAAGAUCCAGAGAAAGCUGACCAGCAGAUGUUUCGCGUCUAUAGAUGGUACAGAAACGUCAGCCGCUCGGUAAUUAAUUCGUUUUUGAUGAUACAAAGUGGUCGUGGGAGCCGGAUGCAGUUGAAAAUCGUUCGAACUAAAUGGUAACGAUGAAUCAGAAGGAAGGAACCGUAACGGAGUUUCUGGAUAAUCGUGCCAACGAGAUUAACGUUAAUCGUAGUUGAUAACAGGAGUCUGUAGAAAGCGAUCAGCUGAAACAGACCCGCGUCGAACACUCCUCCAAGAUUUCCUCUGCCGAGUGGUCUGUUAUCUCGACCAGUGUUUUUCUUUUCUUAUAUUCAGCUGAAAAUUUCCAGCUCUCUCAGUUGGACGAAGAAGAUCGUUCAUGCGCGAUCAGAUCGGCGGAUCGAAGGCUGAAUGGAUACACCAAAGCUCGGACGGUUCAGGAUCAUCGCAUUCCUCUCGUUAUGGCUGCUUCAAGUUGCAUUGCCCGGUGCAGUUGCAUCGUACACCAUCGGGGUAGGCAGAGCCGACACCACUGGACCCAGCGCUGAAAUCGUCUUCAUGGGCUAUGCAAAGAUCGAUCAGAAGGGAUCAGGAAUUCAUCUUCGAACGUUCUCACGCGCGUUCAUCAUCGACGAUGGGGAGCAGAGGUUCGUCUUCGUCAGUGUGGACAGCGCGAUGAUAGGAAACGGAGUUCGACAAGCGGUAUUGCAAAAGCUUGAACCACAAUUUGGUAAAAUGUAUACAGAAGAAAAUGUGAUGAUCAGUGGAACGCACUCGCAUUCUACACCAGGUGGAUUCAUGCUGGACAUGCUAUUCGAUCUCACCGCUUUCGGUUUCGUUAGGGAAACCUUCGAUGCUUUAGUAGAAGGAAUAACAAAGAGUAUCGAACGUGCUCAUAACGCGAUGGUACCAGGUCGGAUUUUCAUCAUUCACGGUGAAGUGCACCACGCGAACAUCAACAGAAGCCCUUUGGCGUAUCUCAAUAACCCUAAAGCAGAAAGGGACAGGUACAAGUACAACGUUGACAAGGCUUUAACUCAGAUGCAAUUCAUCGGUGCCGAUGAAAAACCAUUGGGUGUCAUCAAUUGGUUCGCUGUGCAUCCAACCAGCAUGAACAACACUAAUCAUCUGGUGUCCAGCGAUAACGUGGGCUACGCGUCCAUUACCUUCGAGAAAGCUAUGAACCAGGAUUCUUUAGUCGGAAAGGGUUCCUUCGUGGCUGCGUUCUCAUCCACAAAUCUGGGCGACGUUUCGCCGAACACACGAGGCCCAAAAUGUAUGUUUUCCGGGAAAAAUUGUUCCGAACAGUACACCUGUCCUGGGAAAAAGGAGGCUUGUUUCGCCUCUGGUCCAGGAAAGGACAUGUUCGAAAGUACCAGUAUCAUCGCCAACAAAAUCUUCAGGGAAUCGUGGAGGCUCUGGCAGUACGGGAACCCGAAGGAAGUGAUCGGACCCCUUCGCGUGGUGCAUCGAUACGUGAACAUGGCGGAACAGACGGCCGAAUUCUACAACCAGACCACAGGGAAAACCGAAAUGGUGCACGGCUGUGAACCAGCUAUGGGUUACAGUUUCGCGGCAGGUACGAUCGAUGGACCUGGUUCGUUCGCGUUCGAACAAGGUACAACUACUGGCAAUCCCUUGUGGAACACGGUUAGGAACUUGUUAGCAGCCCCUACAGCAGAGGAUGUUAAGUGCCAUGAACCGAAACCAAUCCUUCUUGCUACCGGUCGUAUGACGGUACCGUACGAAUGGCAACCGAAAAUCGUGUCAACGCAAGUGGCACUUGUCGGGAACGUUGUCAUUGCCGGCGUACCAGGUGAAUUCACAACAAUGUCCGGAAGAAGAUUGCGAGAGGCUAUCAAAACGGUCAUGAACGAUGCGUCCGACGACGAAACCUCCGUUAUAGUCGCCGGUCUCUGUAAUACUUACACCGAUUACGUCACUACGCCAGAGGAAUAUCAAAUUCAAAGGUACGAAGGUGCAUCCACGAUAUUCGGUCCGCAUACGUUAACUAUUUAUUUGAAACAGUAUCAAGAACUUGUGACAGCUGCCAUUCUUAAAAAGAACGUCGAGCACGGACCAACUCCGCCUGAUCUAAGGAAGAAAAAUCUUCUCAGCUUCGUCACACCGGUUCUGUACGACACCCCGAAAUGGGGUCGAAAUUUUGGCGAUUGCAUCAAGCAACCGCAGAAAAUGGUUUUACCUGGAGACGUCGUUACUGCAGUAUUCGUUUCUGGCCAUCCACGAAACAAUCUGAUGACGGAAAGCUCGUUUUUGACGAUCGAGAGAUUAGGGAACGACGAGAUAUGGAUUCCUGUCGCCACAGACGCCAAUUGGGAAACCAGAUUCGAGUGGAAGAGGACGUCCGUGGUUCUCGGCUCGAGUCAGGUGACCAUUACGUGGCUCGUCCCGGAGGAUAUCAAGGAUGGUGAAUAUCGCAUCAGGCACAACGGUUACUAUCGUUAUAUCCUUGGUGGAGUUUUCCCUUACUACGGAGUAUCGAAUCACUUCCAGGUUGUAACCAGAGGGUCAAGAAAUCGUGUGCCGCACAUCUAUUAAUAGUACCAUCGUUGGUGUUUUUUAAUUCUCGAACGAAAGAUAUUUACGCUUAAAUUUACGACUGAAUCACGGAUAAUUUGACGGUAGAUGCCAUACGGUAGCACGAGGGGAAUAGAAGAGACGUAUCAAACGUUCUAUUUCUCUUCUCCUUCGAUCUUUGUACAUACACUUUAUUGUUAGGUACGUUUAUGUGUGUGCGUGAUCUUUUUCGGACGAACAGAAUGAUAUCGAAUGAGUCAGUUGUCCACAGUGAUAUAGAAAUAAACGAGGAAUUUAUACAAAUCACUUUUGCUGCCCUUUCCCAUAAAGAGGAACUUUCUGUGGAAUAGGUACCUAGUCGAUCAAUGAACUAAGUUUAUGUGGUUCCUAAUCGGAAUUUUUUUUCUUUGUAACUGUGAUAGAGGAAGAAUACGACUUCCGGUGAGAUUUACUUCUAGAAUCUAUGGAAGUUUAAAAUUGAACACUGAUGUGAUUAAACGGUGUCGUUUUUCGAAAAUAUUAAGAUUGAUAGAAUUAAUUUGGUUAACUUCGAUUCGAAAAGAGGGAAUUGGAAAUGACAAAAAUUCUUAAUUUUGUAAAUAAUAAUCCAUACUUUCUGGAAGGGAAUAGCAAUCGGUAUGGAGAUCGAGCGAAAGGAAGAAGAAAAAUCUGAUUUUCUUUCGAUGAAUUAAUUCAGUUCGUUCGAUUGAAUCUCAAGUAACGAUUCGAGUAUUUUCUUCGAGCAAAAUCAAUUCCAGGAAAGGUGGAUGUUAAUCCCAGGAUUGUAAGACUGUUCCUUCGAUAUUUUUUGUUAUGCAUACGAAACCGCGGGUUGCUUGUUUUUCAAAUAAAUUGAUUCUUUUUACAACAGGCAACUCCUCGAAAGUUAUACACUUUUAAUAAGACGUGGACAUAAUUCUAUGUUCGUUUUAAAAAUUAAUUUUCCAGAAUUGAAUCGAAAGUAGAGGGUUAAUAUUCUACCGUCUCCUUUUUUUUUUCUUAUGGAAAAUCAUCCCUUUUUUACGGAAUACUUUGUAUAAUUUUAUUCAAAGAAAACGGAACCGAGAUGUCCUCUAACCCUUCAGAACUUUGACCCUAAAGCAAAUUUUCUCUUUUCCUUUCACGGUCAGCCAAUUUCCUUAGUCAUUGUUAAAAAUGAGAAGAGUAUAUUUGGGAAUAUUUUAUUGACGCGGUUCAGAAAUAUCAAAAUCGAAUAAUCGUACCGGGAAUCCCUGUACAGAAAUCUCUAAAAUGAAUUCUUAAAACAACAAUUUAAUUUUAUCUCCAUCUUAUUAAAGUUGCUGAAAAAUUAUUCUCUCUCAAAUGAAUCAAUUAAGUCACUGGAUAUAAGGCAAUGAUCUUAAUAAAAAGUUCAUUCAUAAAAGAGAAAAAAGAAAUGAAUCACGAGAUAUCUCGUGUUUCGCUCUGGCGUCUCGUAAGAAACACAGAUAAACCGGCAGGUGAUAAUGAACGAUAAGUUGCGUAUAAAAACGACCUUUUCAACUUAAGCCGCCGAUUAAAAUCUAUAUUUAAAAUGUAAAUGUUUUGUAAACGCGUGCAAAACAGUUGGUCCGAUCGAAACUUGGUCACGUACGCUGUGAUUCCAGGAAAACCGUCUGUUCAUCAAAAUAUAUUAAGAUGAACUUUCUUGAA